GAGAGAUGCUGGGGCCCCUGGUGGGAUCCGAAGCUCAGUGCUCCUCUCACCCCUGAGGAGCAGGGACUGUGCAUGGUCUGACAACCAAGUUUUGUCAUCACAACUUCUCACAGCUCUGUGGCUGCACCUGCACCUACCCACACACCUCCAUCGUAAGGCUCCAUCGUUAUCUUUCAUUUCCUGCGUACCUGCAAUCCUGGCUGCGAAUCAUCCCCUACAUUCAGCCCCCCAGGACAGCCACUUGGUAAGCUCAGGACAUUCAGGACCUUUGCUCUACAAGUUCCUGUGACAUCACCAGCUGCCCACAACCUCCUGUGACCUCACCACCUGGACAACUGAGCCUAGCACAGCCAAGCCACUCCUUCCCACCCACCCCAAGUAGCAGGGGGCAUAGAUGACCACUGGGCCCUUGGAAGAGGCUGAAGCCACCAGCAGGCCAGUGUAUGAUCUUCCCGAGGCCUCCGUGGGCAGUGAAGCUGACAACAACUCUGAAAACUUACCUGGAAAGUCUCACAGUCCAGACUUCCUGCCUGAGGAUGAACCACCAGCGGACGCCACUGAGGCACUCGCUGAAGGGCAGGAUGUAGACCCCGCCUCUGUGGCAACAACUUUCGCCCCAGAGCAAGAUGAAGAUCCAGUCUCCACUGAUGCCAAUACCUUCAUGGGGCAGGAUGAAGACCAGGCCUCCUUGCAGACUGCCACCUCCACGGAGCAAUAUGUAGACCAGGUGUCCACGCAGUAUACCGCUCUUAUUGGGCAGGAUGAAGACCAGGCCUCUGUGAAGACUACCACCUCCACGGAGCAAUAUGUAGACCAGGUAUCCACGCAGAUCACCGCUCUUAUUGGGCAGGAUGAAGACCAGGCCUCUGUGAAGACUGCCACCUCCACGGAGCAAUAUGUAGACCAGGUAUCCACGCAGAUCACCGCUCUUAUUGGGCAGGAUGAAGACCAGGUGCCACUGCCAACCGCCACUUCCACGGAACAAGAUGAACACCAGGAGUCCACGCAGAUUACCGCUGUCAAUGGGCAGGAUGAACACCAGGUGUCCACGCCAACCGCCACUUCCAUGGGACAGGAUGGAAUUCAGGCCUCCAUGCAGAUGGCCACCUCCACAGGGCAAGAUGUGGAGACAGCCAUCUCCAUGGAUAUAUCAACUUCUGGGGACAAAGAAGAGAGCCCAGAUGCUCCAAGCCAUAACCAGGAGAAUCCUGAAGAAAUCACAUCUCUGCUGCCCCAAGAGCCGGGUAUCCUGCAAGUGUUUGUGGGCUUCCAGAACCCAGUGUGGGACAGACUGGCUGAAAAUAACCGUGCAAGUCGGAGCCGCACAGUUUCCCCAAGUGACUCCCAGCAUCAGGAAAAGACACCAGGAAAGCCGAGUGUUCCCGAAGGGCAGCCAGAAAUAGCUCCGAAUGCUGACGUCCCAUCUGCCCUGCCUGAAGAUGUCCAGCCUUCUGCGGGAGCUACUGACCCAUCCACUUUGGAUACCAGCAGUCCCAACUUAGAGCCCACGGAUACCGAGUCUGCUGAGCAGGAAGCUGAAGGUUUCAGGGCCUUGAACCCUGAAAGCCAAGUUAGAGCCCCAGGGGCGACCAGGGAGGAUUUAGCUGAUGACUCAACAAUCCCGCAGACCCCACCUUCCCUCAGCUCCCCAGCAGGCAGUCCACCUCCCUCUCCAGAUCCCUGCCACGUGGCCCUGGGCAGGAACCUUCUAGACCUCAGCCUGUACAGGUCUGAUGUGGAGAAUGACUACAUGCGCUCCAUGACUAGCCUGCUGGGUGGCGGUGAGGGGUCCAUCAGCUCCCUGGCAGACAUCCUGGUGUGGUCAGACACAGCCACGGGCAUGGGUUUGGCUGUGGGCUUUCUGGCCUCAGGCCACAGCUCUCCAGCUGACAGGCUGCGUGACGAGGGUCCCAGCCUACGCACUGUCUCCAGCAUCUUGGGCAGCGCCAGGUCAGCUUUCUCCUCUGGGUUGGUGGCCGGAACUGGCUCAGCCCUGCGCUCAGUCACUCACCUGCUGGAGUCUGUGGAGAGACGAACCGCAGAAGGCAUCCGUUCAGCUAUGCGCUACCUGGUCAGCCACUUCACCCCACGCUGGGCCCGCACUGCCCCCAAUAGUGACUAGACCAACAAGCCCCCUGCUCCCUCCCCACCCCUGCACUAGAUAGAUGACUCCCCGAGCCCUUCAGUAAAUAACCACAAGCGUUUAUUUUCUAA